AUUUCUGUAACUUCAUGUUGGUAUCAUGAGGGUUUGUUUUGUAAAGUACGAGGAAGCUUUGAUGUUACACUGAGCAUAGCUUCUAUUUUGCACUUAUGCUGUAUUUCUAUCGACAGAUACUACGCAGUAUGUCAGCCUCUCACUUAUAAAAGUAAAGUAAAUGAUCAUGUCAUUGGGAUCAUGAUCCUAGUGAGCUGGGGAGUUGCUGCUCUGAUUGGCAUCGGCAUCAUAAUUGCAGGUUUUAAUCAAGGAAAAUGUGAAGAAAGUUGCUUAAUUGAUGGUCUCAUAUCAACCACCCUUGCGUGUAUUUUUUCCUUUUAUAUCCCAGUCAUUAUAAUGCUUAGUUUCUACCGGAAAAUUUUCCUUGUUGCAAAGAGACAGAGACAUGCAAUCAGCAUUCAGAACACUACCUGUCAGAGCACAAAGUCUGGAGCAACUGUGAGUAAGAUGGAGAGAAAAGCCACCAAAACUCUGGCUAUUGUUUUGGGAGUUUUUCUCUUAUGUUGGGCUCCGUACUUUCUUUGUAUCGUCUUUCAGCCUUUAACGUUCGAUGUUACACCUAUUGCUGUGAUUGAAACCCUGAACUGGCUUGCACUGUCAAAUUCAAUGCUCAAUCCAUUUAUUUAUGCUUUCUUUUACAGCUGGUUCAGAUCAGCUUUCAGAAUGAUCAUUUCUGGAAAAAUAUUUCGAGGGAUUUUGCAAACUCAAAACUUUGAGUUUUGA